GCGCAGCUGAGAAGUAAGACCAUUUCUCUUCUGUUUCACCUGCUGUCGAGCUGUGCCGGGAGGAGGUGCAAGGGAAGGAGGGCAGCCUCGGAGCACCAGCCUCCAUGUACUCAGAGAUCCAGAGGGAGCGGGCAGACAUCGGGGGCCUGAUGGCUCGGCCAGAGUACAGAGAGUGGAACCCAGAGCUCAUCAAGCCCAAGAAGCUGCCGAACCCCGUGAAGGCCUCCCGGAGCCACCAGGAGCUGCACCGAGAGCUGCUCAUGAACCACAGGAGGGGCCUGGGCAUCGACAGCAAGCCGGAGCUUCAGCGUGUCCUGGAGCACCGCCGGCGGAACCAGCUCAUCAAGAAGAAGAAAGAGGAGAUGGAGGCCAAGCGACUGCAGUGCCCCUUCGAGCAGGAGCUGCUGAGACGGCAGCAGAGGCUGAACCAGCUGGAAAAACCACCAGAAAAGGAAGAGGACCAUGCCCCCGAAUUUAUUAAAGUCAGAGAAAACCUGCGGAGAAUCGCCACGCUGACGAGUGAAGAGAGGGCCCUGUAGGGCUAGCUGCUGAAGCCCCAGCCCCCCGCAGCCCACCCCGGCCCCCACCCCCUCCUCCAGCCCUUCUGUAUCUGGUAGUCCUGGGCCCCAGGCCUUGGGACAUCUGUGAUGCUUACGCUUGCUCCUGUAAAAAUGCAUCGCCCCUGGGGGUCUGCCCCCCUCCAGGAGCUGGGGGCCCUAAGCUCCCAGGCUUUCCUUCUGAGCACUCACCUCUCUGCUCCCAAAAGAAGCCACUGCCAGGAAAACCUUCAGCAAGACACCUCUCCCUGAAGGGGCUUCUGAGCCCCGCAGAAAUUUUUCUGGCAGAAUUGGGUAGGAGGGACAGGUGCCUCUCUGGCCUGACAAGCCCCCCAUUCUGCCCAGGCCCCGUGGGGCCCUGCUUCUCCGGACCGCCCAGCUCCCAGGUCUCAGAAAACUUUCCUGCAGCCAGGUGUGGGGCGGCUAAGCAGAGCAUCUGGGGACACCUGCCUUGAAAGCCAGCCGCGGGGAGAAGGGUUCACGUGCAGCCGUCCCUGGUGAGGAAGGGCAGGGCAGCCUGCAGGCGGCCUCGGGGCUCCCGUCAGGCUGGGCUGGAAGGGUACAAACGAGACAGCUUCUCUGAGUCGGCCAGCCUUUCCCCUACACCGAGACUUCUAUUUCCUCCUCUCCACAGCCCUCCCUGUCCCGGCCUUGUAACCACACCUAGCCAGGGCUGCAGCCUUCCUGCUCCCAGAAGUCUAGAACAGUGCUUCUCAAACUUGAUUGUGCCUACAAAUCACUGGCGAUCUUGUUAAAAUACGGCUUCUGAUUCUGUAGAUCUGGGGUGGGGGCUGAGAUCCUGCAUUUCUAGCAAGCUCCUAGGCCACUGGUCUGAGGACCACACUCUAAGCAGCAAGGCUGGAGCGUCCAGGGGUCACAUCGUCCCUGAAGCCAUCUCUGCCCGCCGUGGACCUCUGCCCUGGGGGUUCCCACCCACCUCUGCAGCCCCAAGGGCUCUCGAUUAUUCACCCCACCCCAGGGACCCCAGGCCUGGGAAGACUUUUUUUGCCUAGAAAAGCAUGUCGGUCGUGUGAUUGUUGCUUUCGCCAGAGAUGUAUAUAAUUGCCAAUCUGUAUUUCUUACCACACUGUUAUGAUGCAAUUCUAGCCAAAAAAAAAGAAUUUUUUUUUUUUUACCUUUUCCUUAAGCCCAGGGAGAGCAAAUACACGGUGAUUUCCAAUAGACUUCUGGAAAUAUGAACAGUGGUUUGAAGACCCCCCUGCCACUCUUAGAGACUGGCCCCUGUGAGUCCCCAUUUCCAGCCUCUGCACCUGAGCCCCACGCCUGACUUGGUUUCCAUCUCUUGGGCCAGCUCCAGUGAGUUGCCCCAUUCUUCUUCCUCAAAAUUCCCUUCCUACGGGAGACCAGGUGCUUCAACCUUUCGCUCCUAUCCCAUUUUUAAAGAUUCAGAGAAUAAACCAGGCCUCUUUCUUUUUCCCCUGAAGAAUAAAAUCCCUGCCCUGGCCUUAUAAACUCAUCAGCUGAGGUGACCAGACAGGGCUAGAAGAGCAUUUCCUUCCAUUCCCCAGAACUACCCGAGUGAGCUGCCACUGGGAUGCUGAUGGACCAAAGGCGGGACCUACACGAGGAAAGGGCUCAUCCUGGUCUUCCUCCUAACUGGGUGGUUGGAGGGUGACCAAAGACGCCGUCCUUUUCCCGUGUGUGGUCCCGCGUAGGGGUAUAAGUACAGACAUGCUGCCUCUGAGUGCGUGUGUACGUCAAGCUCCAAAAGGCUCUGGAAUGUGACUCUUAGUGAGAAUGUGGAAACACGGUUCUAAAUGUCUGCCAGGGGAGAUGCACAGUCCCUAAGUAAAGACCACCACUUCCCCAAAGAAGCCGCCCUUGGGGGUCUAUGCGUUG